GCAUUUUCUUCCAUAACCGAGAAGCGCCGUCAGAUUCCAUCUGCAAUGGCCUUCGACCCGCGCAGCGUCGCCUUUGAGGGCCGUCUACACGCCGACCGCCGCACCGCCGAGUACGUUGGACGUGCCAGCCACGAAGCCGACGCCGCGUGCUUUCGCUCCAAGCGUGCGAUGGGCGUUCACGCUCAUUCUCGCGUCUUCUACUUCGAGACUCAGAUUGUGGCGACAAACCCUGAAUUAGCAGCUAAUUCUCUACCUCCGAGAAUCAAUACUGCUAAUUCAUCGGAACCAAUCCGACGCCAUGCAGCUCAAGAUCGCGACGCCGCAGCUACUUCUGCUCGGGACUGGCGACGUCGAGCAGAGCUGGAGGCCAUGGACAUGGAGGACGUGCAGCUCCCAGCGCUUAACGGAGACUCGGGUGGUGUACCUGUGAACUUUAAUUUUUCACUAAAUUCCAGAACCAUGCAGCACAUGCGGGCCCGACUCGACCGCCGCAGACUGCGCCGCAGUAGCGAAAAGAAGAGAUUUACCCAUAAAGUGGCCGUGGGGUUUCUACUGGACGAGACAGAGCAAGGAUCAGGCAGUAUUGUUCGAGGUUUUACCGGUUUUUCCGGUUUCUUAGAGGCACGUCGCACUGUGAAGCAGUUGAUGCAGCGAGUUCUACCAGAUACAACUGCAGAUGGAGACUCCGAGUCAUCAGAAGACGGCGAAAGGAAACCUGUGAAAACUUAUCCUUCGAUUUUACAUCGAGAUCUCGGGGAGACUGUCAAUUCGCUUGCAUAUGUGGGCAAAACUGGCCGCGUCAUUUCCCACGGACGCGAGUUCUUGCAGUGCGAGCGCUACGGCGCUGGCGAUGUGGUCGGAUGCGGGAUCUUGAUGGACACUAAUACGUUCUUUUUUACGUUGAAUGGCAAGUUAAUGGGCAUGCUGGCAGCUCGAGAUGUGUACGAUCUGGACGAUUUUGGAGGCGUAGAGAGCUCGGUCGAUAGUGAAAGUGACGAAGACUUGGAUAGUGGGGAGGAAGACGGUGUGAAUGGUGUGCACUCUGAUAAAGGAGUAAGAAUCGUUUUGGACAGAGUCCAUGACGUGGAAAUGGAAGAUAUCGACGGUCGAUAUGAAGAGGAAAAGGCCUUGUACCCGGCUGUGAGUCUUCACGGCGCUGGGGAGUGUGUGAAGGGAGUGUUUGAACCACAGGAGUUUCUAUUCGAUUUAACAGGUUUUGAACAACAGAUUCAGAAGGAACGGCAGCGAGCGCUGCUCGCUGAGCGCGAGAAAAGAAGCGAGAAUGGUCCUCCAGGUGCUAUUGAGCAGGCAGAUUGCAAGGACGAGGCUGCUAUGAAGAAGCUAGUGCAAGACUUCUUCCUGCAUUACGGCUACGAGAGUGCCUACAAAGCGUUUGAAGAGACUCUUGCGCCUUCAAAGCGAGAGCAAGCGUCGAACGGGAUGGAACUGGACUGUGAUGAAUCUAGUGUGACAGAAUAUAUGGAGGAUGAAGGCAAAAACGAGGAUAUGGAUGUUGGAGACACGCAACCAAGCUCAAAGAAACAGCAGAUGAUCGAGUCGCUCAGUCUCCGCCACGAAGUUCGUGACCAUAUCCGCUGUUUCCGUACAGCACAGGCGCUUGUCGUACUCGAGCACCAUGUGCCUGCACUCCUGAAUAACUGGUCAAGCUAUCGGUCCAGACGUCUACGAAAACUGAUGCUCUACUGUCGGAUCCUCUGCGUUAUUGACGUCUUGACUAGCGACAGUGAGACUAAGCCAGCUGCUCUAUCAACCAACGGUACAGCGACAUCUUCAAGUGAUGAACUGAAUUGCAGUGGAUGGAAUCCUGAGCUGGCGAUUGAGUUUGCUCGCCAAGUCUUUGGAUCUUCCGAGAUCUCAAACGGGAAGCGCAAACGAUCAGACUCUAGUAAUGGUACUGAGACAAAACGUGAGAGUACAGAUGACGUUGCAUUGGCGAUGAGUUUGCUGCUGUACGACCAGCGCGAGAACGUCCCCACGACAAGUCGAGCAAUGAGGUUCUUGACGUCUGAGUUUCGAGAAUCCGUUGCUGAUCAACUCAACAGUUUAUUGCUGACGAGCAAUGAUUCUACGAAGACCGAGCCGCGCGUUUCUGCUCUUGAAACGUUCAUGAAAGAUUUGGCAAAGUUACAAAAAGAGUGUUUGCACCAGGGCUGUCGUGUGUACCCAGAGAGCGGUGAGGGUACGAGUAGUGGCAAAGGCACAACCACAGCACGUCGACGAUCGUCGGUGUAUUCCAGCUCAGACGAUUCUUCGUCACAAAGUGACCAGGAGGACCGUUUAGAUGACGAGGAUGAGUAAAUUUUGGCUUCACAUUACAAGAAUUUGGCAGUGGCUACCCGAUAGACUUAGGGCCCAUUACUUCGAUAGUAUUAUGCAUGCACGGAAAUAAAUAUUAGGAUGGGUUUUAAUUCUCCGACUUCCUGCUCCCAUCAAAUAGGUUUUGGUUGAAUAUACGUACUUCGGUUGGUGCUUAUUGACAAAUAACAGUACCAUUUUUCAUUUUACAG